AUGGCACCAACUCAAGAUCAGCCGAAUGAAAACAUUUCAUGGCGUGUCCUUGUUGGUACAAUUGUCAGCAUUGUCCCUGCUACCAUUUGCGUGAUCUUGCGGUUUGUUGCCCGCAAGGUUGCCAGUGCUGGCCUAUGGUGGGAUGACUAUACCAUUGCAGUAUCGCUGGUGGUGAACUGGGCUAUGGCUGCUUUACGAUGGGCACAGAUCCCGUUAUACGAUUAUGGUCGUCACGCUCAAUACGUAUCGCCUGAGAAGCGUAAGGGAUUUGGAAAGAGUUUCAUGGCUGUCCAACUUCUAUACUUUAUCAAUGCCAUCAUUACCAAAUCAUCUCUGCUGCUUCUAUUCUACCGCAUUUUCGGUAUUGUCAGAGGCUUUCGCUGGGUCCUCUUGGCCUCUGCCUUUCUGAUCUUUGCCUACUUUGUCGCAUGUUCGAUUACUUCAAUUGUGGGAUGUUCGCCAGUAUCCAAAGCGUGGAAUUCGGGCCAACCAGGUCACUGCAUCAAUGAAGUACAAUUCUUCCGCUGGAAUGGCGUCGGAAACAUGAUCCUCGAUUUUCUGGUGCUCUGUCUCCCAUUUCCGAUGGCCUGGCGGCUGAAUACAACGACCCGACAAAAGUUCAUUCUAACCUGUAUCUUCCUACUUGGUGGUUUUGUCUGCAUCGUCUCAAUUCUCCGCAUUGUCAGUUUCGAGUCAGCAGUCGUUAGUGACCCUACCUAUACAAGUAUUGGCCCGGCAACUUGGUCCUCGGUUGAGCAAUCGGUGGGGAUAAUAUGCGCCUGUCUUCCAACGCUUCGGCCCCUCUUCCGGCGUUUCUAUGGUGCAUCAAGGGCAGCCUCGAUUAGAGAUAAUAGUUCUACUUUUGAUUCCCAGGAUCGGUCCUCGCUGUCUGGCCGAAUGUCGCAUUGCGAUGAAGCAACUGGCAUUAUGGGCUCUGCUUCGCCGCAGCACCGGAUGCGUCGUGCUUCCUCACACGAGCUAGACGAGUUACAGGGUGUUUAUGGCAGUCGAACAUUUGAUGAAACUAAUGAGCGUCCCGAUUCACAAUUCUCACAGACGAAUGGGAUGAACAGGCCAGUCUCUGUAGCUAGAUCCUUUGGAUGA